AAGGUGAGAAGCUUCCAGAACAGAGCAGAAGACUUUUCAUCCUCUCAUUUCAACCUGCUGACUGCUCCUUUCUUCUUUUUCACCUUUUCACUUCACAUUGAGACCAAAAUUCAACUCAUUUUGACCUGAAAAUGCUUCGAUCCUUCAAAGGUCCCUGACUCACAUCCAGAAGAUGGACCCAAACACAGACCACAUGAGGAUGGAGUACUGAAGGGUUUACUGCAGUUCAGAGGCAUGGGAACCCAAAGCAGAGUCACAGAAGGCUGCAUGACAAGAGCACACAAGGAACCAGAGCAAGAGUCAAACAUCGAGCAUGUCAACACCUCAUCGUGGUCUUUCCAGGGACUCUAUGAACAGAGCGAAAGUUUAGUGAAAAAAAUCAGACUCUUCUGAAGGUCAAAGAUGAGCACAACUCCAGAAACCCUCCUGGCAAUUCUGGAGGAUUUGGGACGUGAAGACUUUGAAACGUUCCAGUGGUAUUUGUGGCACGACGGGGUUCUUGAAGCAUUCAAACCAAUCCCAAAGAGCAAACUGGAGGGAUUGGACAGGAAACACACAGUGGAUGAGAUGAUCCACAUGUACAGGAGCCAAACUCUUGAAGUCACGAAAAUGGUUUUAGAGAAAAUAAAGAUGACGGGUAUUUGGGAGAAGCACUACAAAAACAUCUCAGAACCUGAAGGGAACGACGGACCUCAAAAAGUUCUUUUGUCAGCAAUACCUAAGAAGUGCCAGGAAAAACUGAAGUUCAAGCUGAGGAACAAGUUCCAGUGUGUGUUUGAGGGGAUCCCUGAGCAAGGAGAAUCCACCCAGCUGAACCAGAUCUACACAGAGCUGAAAAUCACAGAGGGAGGGACUGCAGGGGUUAAUCAGGAACAUGAGGUCAUACAGAUUGAAACAGCAUCCAGGAAACCAGUCAGAGAAGAAAGAAGCAUCAAACCAGGAGACAUCUUUAAAGCCUCACCUGACAAAUCUCAACCAAUCAGAACAGUGCUGACAAAGGGAGUAGCUGGCAUUGGGAAAACUGUCCUGACACAGAAGUUCACUCUGGACUGGGCUGAAGACAAAGACAACCAGGACAUCCACUUCAUAUUUCCAUUCUCCUUCAGAGAGCUGAAUGUGCUGAAGGAGAAGAAGUUCAGCUUGGUGGGACUUGUUCAUCACUUCUUCACUGAAAUCCAAAAAGCAGGAAUUGACAGUUUUGAAGAAUUCCAGGUGAUCUUCAUCUUUGACGGUCUGGAUGAGUGUCGACUCCCUCUGAACUUCUACCGCACUGAGAUCCUGACUGAUGCUACAGAGCCCACCUCACUGGAUGUUCUGCUGAUAAACCUCGUCAAGGGGGAACUGCUUCCCUCUGCUCGCCUCUGGAUCACCACACGACCUGCAGCAGCCAGUCAGAUCCCUGCCAAAUGUGUGGACAGGGUGACAGAGGUCCGAGGGUUCACUGACCAACAGAAGGAGGAGUACUUCAGGAGGAGGUUCAGAGAGGAGGAGCAGGCCAGCCGGAUCAUCUCCCACAUCAAGACCUCCAGGAGCCUCCACAUCAUGUGCCACAUCCCAGUCUUCUGCUGGAUCACUGCUGAAGUUCUGGAAGAAGAGUUGAAUAUCAGAGAGGGAGGAGAGCUGCCCAAGACCCUGACUGAGAUGUACAUCCACCACCUGGUGGUCCAGGUCAAAAUGAACAGCAUCAAGUAUGAUGACGAACCUGCCUCAGAUGAAACCUGGAGUCCAGAGAGCAGGAAGAUGAUAGAGUCUCUGGGAAAACUGGCUUUUGAUCAGCUGCAGAAAGGAAACCUGAUCUUUGAUCCGUCCGACCUAACAGAGUGUGGCAUCGAUCUCAAAGCAGCCUCAGUACACUCAGGAAUGUUCACAAAGGUCUUGAAAAAGGAGAAGGGCCACCACAACACUGUGUUCUGUUUCAUUCAUCUGAGCAUUCAGGAGUUUCUGGCUGCUCUUCAUGUCCAUCAGACCUUCAUCAACUCUGGAAUCAACCUGCUGGAAAAGGUACAAUCCAUCAGGUUGCCAAAAGUGAUGAAGAAGACACCUAAGCUCCACGAUCUCCAUCAGAGAGCUGUGGACGAGGCCUUGAAGAGUCCAAAUGGACACCUGGACUUGUUUCUCCGCUUCCUCCUGGGUCUUUCACUGGAGACCAAUCAGAGUCUCCUUCGAGGUCUGCUGACACAGACAGGAAGUAGCUCACAGUCCAAUCAGAAAACAGUCCAGUACAUCAAAAAGAAGCUGAAUGAGAGUCUGUCUGCAGAGAGGAGCAUCAAUCUGUUCCACUGUCUGAAUGAACUGAAUGAUGGUUCUCUGGUGGAGGAGAUCCAACAAUCUCUGAGGUCAGGAAGUCUGUCCACAGUUACACUGUCUCUUGCUCAGUGGUCAGCUCUGGUCUUCAUCUUACUGUCAUCAGAAGAAGAUCUGAAGGAAUUUGACCUGAAGAAAUACUUUGCUUCAGAGGAGGCUCUUCAGAGGCUGCUGCCUGUGGUCAAAGCCUCCAACAAAGCUCUGUUGAGCGGCUGUGGUCUGUCAGAGGGAAGCUGUGAAGCUCUGUCUUCAGUUCUCAGCUCUCAGUCCUCCAGUCUGACACAUCUGGACCUGAGUAACAACGACCUGAAGGAUUCAGGAGUGAAGUUGCUGUUUGCUGCUGGACUGGAGAGUCCUCACUGUAAACUGGAAGCUCUCAGUCUGUCAGGGUGUCUGGUCUCAGAGGAAGGCUGUGCUUCUCUGGUCUCAGCUGUGAGAUCCAAGUCCUCCCAUCUGAGAGAGCUGGACCUGAGCUACAACCAUCCAGGAGACUCAGGAGUCAAACUACUAUCUGAGGCUGCGAAGGAUCCACACUGCAAACUGAAGACUCUCAGGGUGGAGCAUGGUGGAGAGCAGAGGCUCAAACCUGGUCUGAGGAAGUAUCUCACUCAACUUGAACUGGAUGAAAACUCAAUGAGCAGAAAGCUCAAACUGUCCAACAACAACAGGACGGUGACACAUGUGGAGGAAGAGCAGCCGUAUCCUGAUCACCCAGAUAGAUUUGAUGACCCGACUCAUCAGCUGCUGGGCAGAAAUGAUCUGAGUGGUCGAUGUUACUGGGAGGUCGAGUGGAGCGGAAAUCUUGAUAUAUCAGUGAGUUACAGAGGAAUCAGGAGGACAGGAGAAAGCUCUGAAUGUGUGUUUGGAUGGAACCAUCAGUCCUGGAGUCUGGAGUGUUCUGAUGGACGUUACUCCGUCUGUCACAAUAAGACAGUAACGUCCAUCUCCUCCUCCUCCUCCUCCUCCUCUGGUAGAGUAGCAGUGUAUGUGGACUGUCCUGCUGGCUCUCUGUCCUUCUUCAGAGUCUCCUCUGACUCUCUGAUCCACCUCUACACCUUCAACACCACAUUCACUGAACCUCUGACUGCUGGAUUUAGACUCUGGUCCUUUGGUUCUUCGGUGAAUCUGUGUGAUCAGUAGGAAGGACGGUCUCUGUUUCUGACAGCAGGAAUGAGGAGAAGUGUGUCACCAGGUGGGAGAGGUUUAUUAACAAGUAGCUCCAGUAGAGAUCUGAUUUCUUCUUUGUUCCUUCUUGUGUUUGCCGUCGUUUCAUUGUUGCCAUGCUUCUUGAAAUGCUCAAUCAGAAAGUAAUAAAGGUAAAUCAUUGACAAGUGAAAGGCACUUUUUCACAUUUCAUUUUUGUGUUGAAUUUAAUUAGUGGUUAGAUCAGGAACCAGCUAAAGGUUGCUGACACAAUGCAACCGGAUUAUAACAAAGCUACCGCAAUGCUAACAGCCACACGAUGAUAACUGGAUGUUAAUGUGAUGUUAAAAUGCCAUCGCGAUGCUAACAUGGUAACACAACACCGAAGCAAUGCUAACACAAUAAAACAAUACUAAAGUGAUGGUAACACAAUGACAACACAAACUGUGGAACUUUACUAUUUUACUGUUAUAGAAAAGUAGAGCUUGUGAACUCAUGUAGUCUUGUCUGUCUAAUCAGACACGUGUUAAUGUUCAUGCAAGGACUUCAGAGUAUCUCUGUGCUGAAAGACAACUCCUUAUCAGGCACGGCACAACAGGAGGAACAGCGGAUCCACAUCAGAGCAUGAGAAGCAGAGGCCCAACCAGCCCAAACCAGCUCCAGUGAUGUAUGAACCAGAAGAAUGAAGACGUCACCCCGCCUGCAAACGGAAGACUUGAUAAAUGCACACACAUUAGAUUAGACAUCACCUUUUUGUUCUGACUCUGUCAGUGAGGGCUGCUGGAGGACAGACGAGGGACACAGAGGACCAGAAUUCUGUCUGGA